AAUGGACCAAUGAGAUGCAUGGACAUGAAAUAAGCGAGGGAAUGAAAAUAGAAUAUGGAUGUGGUCAGUGGUGGAGUGGUCAAACGGCAAUUUGACGAUAAAAUGAAGCCAUUUUAGAUAAGACUUUCACAUUAAAAUGACUCUGACAGCCCUUGAAAGAAAGGUUGAAAUGGAAUUGAAAAAAGCUUUGAGAAAAUUCGUGGAGAAUCAGAAAAUUAUGCCUGCAUGGAUUCAUUUAUUCAUUUGAAGUUUCAGAGUGGCAAACUACAGAUCAAGUUGGAAUAUUUCAAAAGAAAACAUCUUGUCCUCGUGAGACUAAAGAUGAGGAAACUGCUUUGUUUACUGAGUAUUACACUGAAUGGAAAGGUAUCGACAAAAGCUUAAAAAAUGAACCAGUCCUAUAUGUAAAGCUUCCAUCAGAAGAUGAGCCAUUGAUGCUGAAACUAAGGGAAGAGUCCAGGGCUGUGUUUUUACAGAGAAGAAGUAGAGAGUUGCUGGACAACGAUGAGUUACAGAGAUUAUGGUUCCUGCUUGACCAGCACCACACUCCUCCUAUUGUUGGAGAGGAUCAAAUGAUUAAUUAUGAGGAUUUCCUCAAAGUAGGAGAGGAAGCUGGUCAAAAGUGCAAGCAGUUUUUCACAGCCUCCGUGUUCACCAAGCUCUUACAAAUGGACCCGUAUGGAAGGAUCUCAAUAAUGCAGUUCUUUAACUAUGUGAUGAGGAAGGUGUGGCUUCAUCAGACUAGAAUUGGGCUGUCUUUGUAUGAUGUGGCCGGUCAGGGAUAUCUUAAGGAAUCGGAUUUAGAAAAUUACAUUUUAGAACUGAUUCCAACACUCCCACAGCUGAAUGGAUUAGAGAAAUCUUUCUACUCUUUUUAUGUAUGUACUGCUGUGAGAAAGUUUUUCUUUUUCCUGGAUCCCAUGAGGACUGGUCGAAUCAAAAUUCAAGAUAUUCUGGCUUGCAGCUUCUUGGAUGAUUUACUUGAGCUUAGAGAUGAGGAUUUGUCCACAGAGAUGCAGCAAUCAAACUGGUUUUCUGCUCCCUCUGCGUUAAGGGUCUACGGACAGUAUCUUAAUCUGGACAAAGAUCACAAUGGCAUGCUCAGUAAAGAAGAGCUGGCAAGAUAUGGAACAGGUACCCUGACACAAGUGUUCCUAGAUCGUGUAUUUCAAGAGUGCCUGACAUAUGAAGGAGAAAUGGAUUACAAGACGUACCUGGACUUUGUCCUUGCCCUGGAGAAUCGUCGGGAGCCUCAGUCCUUGAGAUACCUCUUCAGAAUCAUUGAUGUCAAACAUGUGGGAUUUCUGAAUGUCUUUUCUCUGAAUUUUUUCUUCAGAGCUAUACAAGAACAAAUGAAAAUCCAUGGCCAGGAACCAGUUUCUUUCCAUGAUGUGAAAGAUGAAAUAUUUGACAUGGUCAAACCCAGAGAUCCUCUACAUAUUACACUUCAAGAUCUUAUCAAUUGUGGGAAAGGGGACACUGUUGUGAGUAUACUCAUAGACUUAAAUGACUUCUGGACAUAUGAAAACAGAGAGUAUCUGGUACCAGAAUCUAGUGAGGAAUCGGAGAUUUAAACUGUCAAAGUUUGUGCCUAGUCUCUUCUGAUCGUCUCCCCUGCCAUUGUGUCCAUUUUCACACAUCAGGAGGAAGUGUUUUAUGCUUCCUUCCAGACAUUGCAAUUCAGAUGUUUUUUGGUCCCAUUCAUAACUGUCUCAUUACAUAUAUUCACUGUGGUUUAUAGAUAAUGCAUGUAUCAGAUGAAUUUACUGACACACUGUAUACAGGGAAACAUUCGUCACUGUUUUAUUUUCACCCUUUUGCCCUCGCCAGUGGGCAAAUUUAUGACUGAGCGAGGCUCUUAUCUCUCAUUUAACACAACUAUGUUUGGGCGAAUGAAAAAUGGGGCAAAACCGUCUGCUUGUAUAUACAGGCGAAAAUAACAUUAGGUGAAAAUACCCCUAUAUACAGUAGCAUGUUUCUAUUUAAUUUUUUUAAUUUCCGUCCGUUAUACACGUACUAGAUUUUCCAUUGUAUACAAUAUUUUAAUGACUUGUUCCCUAAGGUUAGGUUAGUUUGCUCUCAUGUUAUCGACACCUGUGUAUCCGAUUUUACAUCAAAUACACACAUAUAGAUCAUAUACAUGUAUAAGGGGGACAAAAUAGGUUUUUAGUGUAAUAUAUUAAUUUUCAGCUCUUGGGCAUUUUUACAUACCACAUACCCCACAAACAGUCUGAUUUAGAAGAAUUUAGUCAGAGGUGAUUCUUCAACCUCCCCUUCUUAACAACAGUAUUAUGUCAUCACAUUCAUAAUUCAAGCAUUUCAUAUUCCCUUAUGUUCAGAUGCCAAAUAUUUCAUGCCAAGAAUCAAAAAGAUUUUCUAAACACCUUGAAAUAUAUUGUAACAUAAAAGAGUGUCCGAUGCAUAUAGUAAUUAAGGUAAUUUAGAGUAAGAAGUACUAGGACAGAGUUGCGGUUCUGAAUUUAUGCAUGGUGAUAUGUACAUGUAUACUCAUUUUGCAAUGAUAGAUAUUUUAGAUUGUCAGUGACCAGCCAUUAAGAAAUUUUCUUAUGUCAUAUUCAAAUGUGUAAUUGUAUUAAAUUUAUUUAGAUUUGUACAUAGAAGAUAGAUUUAUACUGUAGUUCAGGAAAUAUGUCUCAGUUAUGUAGUGUUACCCCAUGUAACUUAUUGCUGAAACUAAUCUAGAUUUAUCAGUAGAUAUUUUAUUCCUUCAUUUAUUUUAUGUCAUAUGUAUAUGGAAUGCUGUUCUGGUGCAUUCAAUGCAUUUGCUGUUGUUUUAUAUGCAAGCGCAAUUAUUUUUUAAUCUGCUUUACUCUCUGCGAUACGCAUCAACUGGUAAUUUGUCUCAGUCAUCUGGAAUCCGAUCCUUGUGGAUAUUUAUAUGAAACAACACGUCAGUGUGCAUGUAGGAGGCUUCUGUAUAUUUCACUUGUCAAACACAUUUGUGUACAUGAAUUGAACAAUUUGAGACAUGGUAGCAUACUCUGUUAACCAAGUUUGUCUGACAAAGCAUAGAUGACAUCAUCAGAAUGUUGAUUUGUUAUAGAAGUGGCAUCUCCACCUGCCCAUCCAUCUGUUAGUAUGUAAAGUUUUUGUUUCCUGUUCAUAGCUUGUAUGCUGUAAGGCCUAGAAUCAUGUCACAUCUAGAGUGGAUAAAGUAGGUCGUAUGAUGACCUCUUUGAAAUUGUAUACGUGCUCCAAACAUUGUAAUGUUAUCUGCAUUGUAUGUCGAGGAUCUUGAUAAUGGUAGUAGAUGCAUCCUAGGGUAUUGGGAAGGGGGAGGAGUCUAAAAUAUUUUGUAAAUUCUUAAUCUAAAUUUUAUUCUUUUGGAUUUCUUAUGUGUAGUCAGAAUGGAAGCAUUAUACAAGAUAUUACAUAAGGUAAAAAUGAUACAAAAGAAAACAUAUUAAAAUUGAUAUUGUAAAAGAACCUGCCAAUCAGUCUCUGACAUUCUAAAAUUGAACGUACAUCUACGUAGAAACAGUGUUUCCUUAAAAUGAAUACAAGUCCAUGCAAUGCUGGAAUUUUCAUUAACUGAAGCAUUAUAUAAUUAACACUUGCCUGUUGUACCUAUCUAUUUUAUUCAGUAGUCUCAUGAUGAUCUAAAAAAAAAAAAAAAAAAGAUCUCAUUUUUAUGUUUGUCUUAUAUUUGAAGAAUAAUCGUAAUGAAAGAUGCACAUUACUCAACAUUAACAGUGGUAACUCUGGUAAUUUUAUUUAAUGUCAAAAAAAGAAUUGCACAAACAAGGGGGGACAAAGCAACUCUCUAGCAAUCUUAUGUAAUCUUAAUGGCUGAAGAAAAAUCCUCUUACAUUAAUGUCUGCAGUUUACUAUAGCAAGCCACUAUCUAACAAUUAUUUUCAAUAUGAUUUCUCAAGUUAAAGACUGACUUGUAUUGCAAGCAGUGGAUUAUUAGGGUUGACUUACUUAUAUUCUGGAUAAUCAUUUGGACAAAUUUAUUUUAUUACUCUAGUUAAAAGAUAUUUAUUGCACAGCUUCUAAUUAGUUUGACAUUUUCAAGAAUGAUGAUGGUUUAGACCACAUUGGUAGUUGCAUUUCUGGGUAUUGUACAGCAUGUAAUCAUUUUAGUAAGUACAAUUUAGUCGUAUAUUUGGAUUUCCUGAUGUGAUUUGCUGAGCUGUGGGUUUAAUAUUAGGGCCACAUUAAAAACUUGUAAAGAGGUUUUCAAUUGUAUUAAAAUAUCAUGUGUCUUGGAGAUGUACAUUAUUGGGAUGAAAGGGGGGGGGGGGGGGUAAUGUAGUAUGGACCUGUAUUUUGAAAAAACUAGACAUACAGUAGCAAAAUUCCUUUAUUUUAUAUUUUGCUUUUGUUAUUUGCAUAAUUAUUUGCAUAUUUCACCACAUUUGUAACUUGAUGUGCAAUUAUGUCUGCCUAUUUCACAUGAAUUGUACUGUGCAAUUGACAUUAUAUUAAAUGAUGUCAUAGGUCUUGUUCUAACACUGCCUUCGUGAGAGCAGGUACACAGUAACAGUGUUUUUAUUGGUGUAGUCUACGUGAAUAAAAGUACCUGAGUAAAAAUUUU